AUGUCUUCUUGUAUUGACAAUAAUUGUGUUCUUUACUUGCUGAUCGUAGUGCUUUGUCUCAAUGUGAUCGUUAUCAAUUCGAUUGAAAUUCGUGUAGAAAAUCGAGGUGCUUAUGUUGCUCGUAUUCUCGUCCGUUAUCAGACUUCAAAAAAUGAAGAGAAAAUGUCGAAUUCAGGUAGCUUAACAUCAUUCCAAUCCAAAAAUGUCGUCAUCGAAAACAAUGCCAAAUCUAUUGAAAUUGAUAUUCAAAUUAUGGGGAACAAUUGUUAA